AUGACUACAGAAUCUCCCAACGACUGGGAAAACCCCAAAGUCUUCCAGCGCAAUCGCCUAAAGCCCCGCGCGUACUGGAUUCCUGAUACAUCGCUGUCACUGAAUGGCAACUGGGACUUUAAUUACGUUUCCUCGCCACUGCUUGCCCCUUCUCCUUCGCACUCAAGCGAGGAGAAGCACAUCGCAGAAGAAGCCGAUCUACAAUGGAAGCCCAUAGCUGUGCCCGGACACUGGCAGCUACAGGGGUACGGCCGGCCCAACUAUACAAACGUGAUCUUUCCAUUCCCAGUCAAUCCGCCAUACGUGCCGAGCGAGAAUCCGACUGGGACAUACAAGCGAACAUUCCUCGUCCCCUCGGACUGGGAUGAGUCCUCGCAGAUCCGUCUGCGCUUUGAUGGCGUGGACAGUGCUUACCAUGUCUGGGUCAAUGGGGCCGAAGUUGGAUAUGCCCAGGGUAGCCGAAACCCAGCUGAGUUUGAUAUCUCUCAUAUUGUGAAGAGGGGUGAAGAAAAUGAGGUCUUUGUUCGUGUUUACCAGUGGUCGGAUGGGUCUUAUAUCGAGGACCAGGAUCAGUGGUGGCUGUCUGGAAUAUUCCGCGAUGUUACUCUGAUUGCCUUCCCUUCUGCUGCUCGGAUUGAGGACUUCCAUCUCAAAACGGUUCUAGACAAGGACUAUGUCGACGCACAGCUUGAAGUGUCUGUUGAUCUGGUUUCCACCGAGGAGAGCACAGUCACCGCGACUCUCUUCGACCCUUUCAACGACUACAAGAUCCUCAUAUCGCAGGAUAAAACACUACAUGAAUCCAAAGGAACGGUCAAUCUCGUUCUACCCGUUAGCAACCCCAAGAAAUGGACCGCAGAGACGCCCUCCCUGUACGAUCUCGAACUCACCCUCCACACAACCACCAACCCCUCCACCCCAAUCCAAAAAAUAACCCACCGAGUCGGCUUCCGCCAGGUCGAACUCCUCAAUGGCAAUAUAACCGUAAACGGCAAACCUGUCCUCUUCCGCGGCGUCAACCGCCACGACCACCACCCCGUCUACGGCCGCUCCGUCCCCCUCUCGUUCCUAAAGAACGACCUCCUCCUCAUGAAGAAACACAACAUCAACUCCGUCCGCUGCUGCCACUACCCCUCUCACCCAGCGCUGUUCUCGCUCUGCGACGAGCUAGGCCUGUGGGUCAUGGACGAAGCAGACCUCGAGUGCCACGGGUUCUACGACGCCGUCGCCAGACCGCUCGAUAUCCCCGAGAGCAUGGACUACGAGCAGCGCAAGCGGCUGACGUUUGCGCAGGCGGCCGAGUUUACGUCGCAUAAUCCGGACUGGAAGGAUGCGUAUCUGGAUCGGGCGGUGCAGAUGGUGGCCAGGGAUAGGAAUUACCCAUCUGUUGUUAUUUGGUCGCUGGGCAAUGAGGCGUUUUAUGGGCAGAAUCACGCCGCUAUGUAUGAGUAUAUUAAGAGCGUGGAUCCGACCAGACCGGUGCAUUAUGAGGGUGAUAUGGAGGCGAAGACGGCGGAUAUGUAUUCGUACAUGUACCCGAGUGUAUCGCGGAUCGAGAGGCUGGCGGUGGAAGAAGGGGAUGGUUUCACGAAGCCGAUUGUGUUAUGUGAGUAUGGCCAUGCGAUGGGGAAUGCGCCGGGGGCUUUGGAGGAGUAUAUGGCUGCUUUCCGAGGUCAUCGGCGAUUGCAGGGAGGGUGGAUUUGGGAGUGGGCGAACCAUGGCUUGUGGGAUGAGGAGAAGGGCCAUUAUGGGUAUGGCGGGGACUUUGGGGAUGAGCCUAAUGAUGGCAGUUUCGUGCUUGAUGGGCUGCUGUUCAGUGAUCAUACGCCAACGCCUGGACUUGUGGAGCUGAGGAAGGCCUAUGCUCCUGUGUAUGGCUGGGUUGAGGGGGGUGUGGUUCAUGUUGAGAAUAGGCAUGACUUUGCUGGACUGGACGGUUUGCAGGCUGUUUACAAGGUUCAGACUUUGGGUGAACAAUCGAGAGUCAUCGCCGCCGGGACUCUGGACCUCCCUGAUAUCCAGCCCGGAAAUACGGGGACACUUCCCCUGCCUCCUAUACAUUCAUCCAAGGCAGAGUCUGAGGUAUGGCUAACGGUCACCUUUACAACAAAGCAUGACUCCCCCUGGUCCGAUGCCAACUACGAAAUCGCCUGGUUCCAGCACCGUCUUGACUCCUCGUCAUCUUUGACCAGGAUAUCUCCCACAGCCAACUUCCCAGUGACUGUCACCUCAACAAAAGCCCAGCACACCAUAACCGGGGCAGACUUCACCAUCUCAUUCUCCCGCACCACCGGCUCACUCACAGCCUGGCAUAUCCACAACCAAGAAAUCCUCUCGCCAACUCACCCCGCCCUAACCCCAGGCUUCUGGCGCCCUCCAACAGACAACGACAUCCCCCACGACCUAGGCGAAUGGCGCCGCUACGGCCUCGACACACUAACAUCGUCCCUGCGGCAGCUAACAAUCAACCAAGUCAAUACAUCAACCAUCGAAAUCAUAACAGACACAUUCAUCUCCCCACCGAUUCUAGCCUGGGGGUUCCAAACAACAACCACGUACCGCAUAACCGGCGACGGGGCAGUCACGGUACGUGCCCAUAUCAGACCAACCGGUGCAAAGCCAAAGGAUCUCCCUCGCAUCGGGCUCGAUCUGUAUCUCGCGGACCGGCUGGACAGGACGGGUUGGUUUGGCCUUGGUCCUGGUGAAUCAUACGCCGAUAAGAAGAAUUCUCAGAAGGUGGGUAUUUACUCCGCCGCUACGGCAGAACUACACACCCCGUAUGAAGUGCCCCAGGAAGGCGGGAAUAGGAUGGAGACGCGGUGGCUACGACUGGGUGAUGGACGGGGAGGGGGGGUUCGCAUUGUCCGGGAUACGGCUUCUAGUUCUGCAUCUGAGCAUGACGAAAAUUGGGGUUCUUUCCAGUGGCUUGCGACGCGGUACAGUCCCGAGGCUAUUGAGAAGGCUAAGCAUGCGAAUGAGCUGGUUCCUGAACCUCAGGUUCGGGUCAGGCUUGAUGUUGCGAGUUGUGGGGUUGGUACUGGUGCGUGUGGGCCUACGACGCUGGACAAGUAUAGGGUUCCCUGCGAGGAGAGGGAGUUUGGGUUUAGGAUUGAGCCGUUUAUUGGGGAUUGGAUAUAG